CCCCAUUUCCACCCCUCCUAUUUCCUCUCUUUCACGCAUCUCGACUCCAUCUCACUCUCCCCCCUCCCUCCUCUCUCGCUCGCUGCGAUCUGCACUGCUACUCCGGUAGGUCUCCUCCCCCCCCCCCUUCCUCGCGCGGCCGCGGCCACCGCCGGCGAGAAGCCCGCCGCGGCGGCGCUGACCCCCUCCGCCUCUUCCCGCGCGCGGCCCCGCCAGCCGGCCACCGUCUCGGGUCAAAUCGAAUCGAAUCGAAUCCAAAGAGGAAAAUCUGGGGUUCAGUUGAACCCUAAUGCCCCCAGGUUAGGUCAGCCUCGCUGGGUAUCGCGGCUGCUGAGGUUACUUGGAGAGGGGUAGGGUGGAAUCCUCGGGGGCUGAUUUGGUGUAAUUGAGAGCGCCGAUUCAUGAUUCAGGCAAUGGCUUCGCAUGCUGGAGGUAGUGGCGGCGGCGGCGGUGGAAGUGGCCGGGAUGCUGGCUCGGCGCAGCGCGGGCCGAUGCAGGGGUUGGCGAGGCAAGGGUCGCUGUAUGGGCUUACACUCAAUGAGGUUCAGAGCCAGUUGGGGGAGCCGUUGCUUAGUAUGAACCUUGAUGAGCUGCUUAAAAGCGUGUUUCCUGAUGGCGCGGACCUUGACGGUGGCGGUGGCGGUGGCGGCAUCGCGGGCCAGUCUCAGCCGGCCCUGGGGCUGCAGCGCCAGGGGAGCAUCACGAUGCCUCCGGAGCUGAGCAAGAAGACGGUGGAUGAGGUGUGGAAGGGCAUCCAGGAUGUGCCGAAGAGGGGUGCUGAGGAGGGUGGCCGGUGGAGGCGGGAGAGGCAGCCGACCCUGGGGGAGAUGACGCUUGAGGAUUUCCUGGUCAAAGCUGGGGUUGUCACGGAUCCGAACGAUUUGCCAGGAAACAUGGAUGUGGUAGGGGGCGCUGCUGCGGCUGCAGCUGGUACGUCUGAUUUGAAUGCCGGAGCACAGUGGCUACAGCAGUAUCACCAGCAGGCUUUGGAGCCCCAGCAUCCAAGCAUAGGUGCUCCUUACAUGGCAACUCACCUGGCACCUCAGCCAUUAGCUGUUGCUACAGGUGCUGUUUUGGAUCCAAUUUACUCCGAUGGCCAGAUCACUUCGCCAAUGCUCGGGGCUCUUUCUGAUCCUCAGACACCUGGGCGCAAACGCUGUGCCACAGGGGAGAUUGCAGAUAAGCUAGUAGAAAGAAGGCAGAAGAGGAUGAUAAAAAACAGGGAAUCAGCUGCCAGGUCAAGAGCGAGGAAGCAGGCUUACACUAAUGAGCUUGAAAACAAAGUUCUUCGUCUAGAAGAGGAGAAUGAGAGGCUAAAGAAGCAGAAGUAUUUCUUACAGUUUAGAAACGAAGUGAAUCAUGCUGCCCUUGUUCUUGAGAUUGGGAGUUGGAUGAGAUACUGAACUCCGCGCCUCCCCCGGAACCCAAGUAUCAACUCAGGCGAACAAGCUCGGCCGCCUUCUGAUGGUGACGAUGUCCAUAGUAAAUUUUGUAGAUUAUAUGGGGUCUGCCCACAUAUUUCGCAUCCUUUGGCGGUAGGAACAAUCGAUAUAGCUUGAGAUUCCAUCUUCCCCCUCCAGCCGGUGGUGGUUUAGAGCUUGUAAACACCAGCACCAGCAGAGCCCUAGCCAUGUCGCCCCAGCUGCUGAUCUCUUCGGAGGCUUUGUCACUUGUCAGUAUGUAAAUUCUCCAAGGCACGUGUCGCUGUUAAGUUCUCAGAGCUCCUUGGUUAUACAUGAUUGGGCCCUUUGCCUGUUUCUUGUGGUUGGUUGAUACUUAGUACUUGGUUGUGAUCAGUGUACUGUGGAGACUUUUGUUAUGGCCUGAUCAACAUCAGUUCCCCUGUUUCGGCUAAGAUAACGAUGGGUGAUAAGUUGACGGCUCACCCAUGCAACACAUAUCGUAUGCCUGUCUGGGGGAGCAGAGUUUUAGAUUGUGAGAAGUAGCUGAUGGGAAUCUAGAGCUUUUUGGGUUUAAUUUAUUUUCUGAAUUUUGUAACUACAGUUUCUUAGAAUGGAAGUUGGAUUGAUCGAGAAA